GGGGCAAACAGCACUUCGAGGCAGUGGCUUAAUUAGUUGGCUGCCAAGGCCCGGAAGGAUGGGAAUCCUGGGAAAUAAUUCUCCCCUUACGCAUGGGGUAUGAUUCGGGGAACGCGGGUUGAGCCGGAAAGCGGUUUUCUUGCAUUCAAUUUCUGCAACUUAUGACCAGCGACUCAUGGGGGGUGCAGCAGCUACUGCACAGUACCAUCACAUGAGGGCCAGGCCCGGCCCGGCGGGGUUAGCAUACAACAUCGGGAUUGUGACGCCUACGUCUGUCGCACACCAAGUCUUUUGGGAGAUAACCCCAGAAAAACCUUGGCUUUAUUGAACCUAGGAGGUACUUCAAUCCAGCAGUCAUGUUGUUCGAGCAGGACCGACGCCUUGUUUACCAUUUCGAUGCCGAACAGGUUUGGAUCGAGCCAUGGGGUGAGAACGCUCUGAGGGUGAGGGCUACCAAGGCCAGCUGCAUGCCCGACGAGGACUGGGCGCUGCAGAAGCCGGCGUCAUUCGUGCCUCAAGUCUCGAUCGGUGCGGACACGGCUUCUAUCACGUGCGGCAAGAUCAAGGGCGUCAUGUCCAGGGCUGGGAAGCUGUGCGUGUUCAACUCAGACGGCAGGCUCUUGCUCGAGGAAUACGUCCGCAACCGGCGCAACCAGCUUGACCCGAAAUGCAGCGCAAUCGAAGUGGAAGCGCGAGAACUCAGGCCGAUUCUCGGCGGCGACUAUCAUCUCACAGCGCGAUUCGAGUCUCUCGACCCCGCGGAGAAGAUAUUUGGGAUGGGCCAGUACCAGCAGCCUCACCUCGACCUCAAGGGCCAGGACCUAGAGCUUGCCCAUCGCAACUCGCAAGCAAGCGUACCAUUCGCCCUCUCGUCCUUGGGCUACGGCUUCCUGUGGAAUAACCCAGGCAUUGGUCGUGCUGUUUUCGGUAAGAAUGUCAUGACCUUCGAGGCAUUCUCGACCACAGUGCUUGAUUACUGGAUCGUGGCGGGAGACACCCCGUCCGAGAUAGAAGAGGCAUAUGCUCGGGCAACGGGGACGGUACCGAUGAUGCCCGAGUACGGCCUCGGGUUCUGGCAGUGCAAGCUUCGAUACCAGACGCAGGACGAGCUGCUCGAUGUUGCUCGGGAGUACAAGCGGCGAAGCCUGCCAAUCGAUGUUAUCGUCGUCGACUUCUUCCACUGGCCGCGACAGGGCGAGUGGAAGUUCGAUCCGGUGUACUGGCCGGAUCCAGACGCAAUGGUGCGGGAAUUGAAGGAGAUGAAUAUCGAGCUGAUGGUAUCCAUCUGGCCCACGGUCGACAAGAAGUCGGAGAACUUCCACGAGAUGCUGGAGAAUGGCUACCUUGUCCGCGUCGACCGGGGUAUCAGAACCACAAUGGACUUCGAGGGGGACACAAUAUACUUCGACCCCACGAACCCCGCGGCUCGCAGGUACGUCUGGUCCAAGGCGAAGCAGAACUAUUACAUCAAAGGCAUCAGGGUCUUCUGGCUGGAUGAGGCCGAGCCCGAGUAUGCGGCCUACGACUUUGACAACUACCGCUACUACCGGGGGCCCAACCUCGCCAUCGGCAACAUCUACCCCCGCGAAUAUGCCCGCACCUUUUACGAAGGCAUGGCAGCGGAGGGGCAGGACGGCGCUGUCAAUCUCCUUCGUGCCGCCUGGGCCGGCAGCCAGAAAUUCGGGGCUCUCGUGUGGAGCGGCGACAUUGCGUCUUCCUGGGGCAGCCUCCGCAACCAGCUUGCUGCGGGCUUGAACAUGGGCAUCGCGGGCCUGCCCUGGUGGACGACCGACAUUGGCGGCUUCCACGGCGGCGACCCCAACGAUGAGAGAUUCCGGGAGCUUUUUGUCCGCUGGUUCCAGUGGGCCGCCUUCUGCCCCGUCAUGCGGCUCCAUGGCGACAGGGAGCCGAGACAGCUCCAAAUUGGCACGACGGGCGGUGCGACCUGCCGGAGCGGCGCGGCCAACGAAGUCUGGUCGUAUGGGCCCGACGUUUACGGCAUCUGCAAGAAGUACAUGUUUAUCCGAGAAGACCUGAGGGACUACACGAGAAAGCUGAUGAGAGAGGCGCACGAGCGCGGUACGCCCGUCAUGCGGCCGUGCUUCUACGAGUUCCCUGACGAUGCGGUGUGCUGGACGAUAGAGAGGCAGUACAUGUACGGAGAUCAGUACCUGUGCUGCCCUGUCAUGGAGCCUGGCCAACGAAGGAUGUCGGUGUAUAUGCCCUCUCUCGUCAAGGGCCGGUGGAAGGCAUUUGCUCGAGAUACCGUCUAUGAUGGUGGAUCCGUCGUCGAGGUCGAUUGCCCAUUGGACGAGAUGCCGGUGUUUCUCAAGCAGGACGUGGAGUAAUUGUAAUUAUGAAUUAGUUUAGCAGGCUAAGGUCGGGGGACUUGGUCAAGCUGGAAAGAGGCUGCUGUUUCCACUUGCUCGAUGAUUCCAACAUAAUAGCAGACCUACUUCCGAGAA